CCUAUCUCGAACCUCCUGCACAAGCACAAGCACAAGCCAAAAUGCCUGUUCCCGCUGCAUCUCUUCCGUUGCCCCCUGGCCCCGUCGGGCUCCCUCUCGUCGGGAGCGCCCUCCACUUCAUCGGGCCGUUCAGCCGCAGCCCGCACGCCGUGCUCACCCGCCUCGCCGAGACCUACGGGCCCAUCAUGUCCUUCCGCCCGGGCAUGGCCGGGAACUUCGUGGUGGUGUCGUCCCCGGCCGCGGCGCGGGAAGCCCUCGUCGACAACGACGCGGCGCUGGCGGCCCGGUUCGUGCCCGACGUGGCGCGCGCCCUGGACCACAGCUCGGAGUCCCUCUUCUUCCUCCCCAACUCCAGCCCUCUGUGGAAGCAGCACCGCGCCACGGUCGGCGCCCACAUGUCCGCCGCCCGGAGCCUCGAGAGGACCCGGCACGUCAGGGAUCGCCACGCCCGCGGCCUCGCCAAGAGCAUGAGGGCGCGCUCCGGCACGCCGGUCGUGGUCGGGGAGGCCGUGCUCGGCAGCGUGCUCGACGUCGUGUCCAACAUCCUCUUCUCCGAGGACGUGGGGGACAUGCGCGUGCAGGGUGGGCAGCUGUUCAAGGACCUCAUGGUGGCGGUGCUUGAGGACUGGACCAGACCCAACGUCUCCGACGCAUUCCCCUUCCUCGCGCCAACCGACCUUUUCGGCUCGCGUCGCCGUGUCUCGAGAGGCCUGGCCAAACUAUACAAGUUCUUUGACGACGAGUUCAUUGAACGUCGGUUAGGCGCCAAUGGCGAGAACCAUGGCGACUUGUUGGACGUAGUCCUCGCGCGGCAUACCAUGUCGGAGCUCACGCGUUCUGAGAUCACAAAAUUCUUCACAGAUAUGUUUCUUGCCACGAGCAACACAAGCAGGAUCACCGUAGAGUGGGCUAUGGCGCUGCUGCUCAAGCACCCAGAUAAGAUGAAGAAGGUCCAAGCUGAGCUCGCGGCAAGCAUAAGAUCCAAAGAAUUCGUCGAAGAGAGCGAAUUGAACAAGCUCCCCUACCUCGACGCCGUGGUAAAGGAGACCCUGCGGUUGCAACCGCCGGCGCCGUUGUUACCCCGAAUGGUGGUUGUGGAUGGCAUGUCACUAGGUGGAUUCUCCGUGCCGAUCGGCACAUACGUUCUCGUCAAUUUAUGGGCCAUUGGGAGGGAUCCAGCGGUAUGGCCUAAGCCGGAAGAGUUCUUGCCUGAAAGGUUUCUAGGCAACCAAGCGGCAGACUUCCGGGGCUUGGACUUCGCCUACAAGCCAUUUGGGGCGGGGCGAAGGAUGUGCCCUGGAUUGGACUUUGCCACACGCUUGGUGCCACUGUUGUUGGCCUCAAUCCUGCACAAGAUCGAAUGGAGGCUGCCCGGCGGGAUGGCGCCCAAUAAGUACGUGGACCUUAAAGAUCGUUAUAGCAUGGUGCUGGAGCUCGCCAAGCCCCUCAACGCCGUGCCGGUGUCCAUGCCAUGACAUGCUCGGCUCCAGAUACUGGAUAGGUGUAUCCCUAUAUAGUGAUAUAAUAAAAUCCCAGCUUUCAUUCUUUCUUGCUAAAA